UUUGAUUCAUCCAUUUUGAAGAGACGGGGGAGCGGGGGGCUCGUCUGAUUAAGGGGCCCUGAACCAAGGAGCGGCGGAGUUUCAGAAGCCAGCAGCUCAGGGUUCGGUGGCAGCGGCCCCAUCGGCCGAAGUUGGGGGGGGUGGGGCGCCCAGCGCGCGGGGUGGGGGGGGUCCAGGUCUUUGGCUUCUCGACUCGGUCCUGUUUCGACAGCGAACAUGUCUCGGCCUGUCAGAAAUAGGAAGGUUGUUGAUUAUUCACAGUUUCAGGAAUCUGAUGAUGCUGAUGAAGAUUAUGGAAGAGAUUCGGGCCCUCCAGCUAAGAAAAUUCGGUCAUCUCCCCGAGAAGCUAAAAAUAAGAGGCGAUCUGGAAAGAAUUCACAGGAAGAUAGUGAGGACUCAGAAGAAAAAGAUGUGAAGACCAAGAAGGAUGAUUCUCACUCAGCAGAGGACAGUGAAGAUGAAAAGGAAGAUCAUAAAAAUGUGCGCCAGCAGCGGCAGGCAGCCUCUAAAGCAGCUUCUAAACAGAGAGAGAUGCUCAUGGAAGAUGUGGGCAGCGAGGAAGAACCAGAAGAAGAGGAUGAGGCACCAUUCCAGGAGAAUUCCGGCAGUGAUGAAGAUUUCCUAAUGGAAGAUGAUGAUGAUAGUGACUAUGGCAGUUCAAAAAAGAAAAACAAGAAGAUGGUUAAGAAGUCCAAACCUGAGAGAAAAGAAAAGAAAAUGCCCAAACCCAGGCUAAAGGCUACAGUGACGCCAAGUCCUGUGAAAGGCAAAGGGAAAGUGGGUCGCCCCACAGCUUCCAAGGCAUCGAAGGAAAAGACUCCUUCCCCCAAAGACGACGACGAGGACCCAGAAAGCCCCCCGGAGAAGAAGACGCCUGCAAGCCCCCCGCCCGAGAAGUCUGGGGACGAGGGGUCUGAGGAUGAGGCCCAGUCUGGGGAGGAUUAAAAGGGAUGAUGGCUUGGGGAGAGAUUUUAUUUAAAAAAAGAGAAAAAAAAAAAGAAAAAAGAAAAAAGAGAGGAAAAAAAAAGAAAACCUACUUAAGGUAGAACAUGGUCUUGGCUCUGGCUCGACUCCUGGGCUUUCGUGCUUUUUUUCCUUUUGUCAAAAAUAACAUUUCUUUCUCUCUCUUUCUCUCUUUUUAAACAAACCAUAGUAUGUUGGAUUUACCUUUUUGUCUAUUGUUCUUCUCUUUGCCAUCACCCUUGCCUCCCCCCUUCCCAGUGAAAGCCAUGUCAACUUCAUCACUGGAUUGGCUGCUUCAUCUUUUCAUUUCUAAUGGAAGGUGUAUCUCAGUUGUAAAGCAAUAAGAUUAGAGAUGAGCUGUAAGGAAAUGUUGCUUUUUGCUAACUAGUAGCAAGUUGAACAGUAAUCACAAUGUAGAGGGUUUUAGUUAAAAAAUGAUUGCUGCUUUAUCUGGACUCUUUAAAAAAUCAAUUGUCACCUAAUACAAGUAUAUAUACACAAGUAUAGAUGUCUAAAAAAGUUACGACUUUAAACUUCCACUGAUGGGGCAGGUAAGAGAUAAAAGAGGAAUUCUGAAUUGUUACUGAAAGUAUUCGUAUUUUUAACUUGGGGGCAGGGCAGGGAAUGGAGUUGCCUGACCUUGUUUGAGGGUGUGGUGGGGGUUUUUUUGCUUUGUUUUUUAAUAUCAUUACUUGUUAUCUCAGACGGAACCAGUGAUCCCUUUAUCCUGCUUCAGUCUUUAAGGAACUUUAAAAAAAAAAAAAAAGCAAAGGCGCCAAAACUUAAAUCACUCUUGAUUUCCUGUUUCAUUCUUUAAUGGUUCAUGUUUUUAAAAUAUAUAUGUAUCUGUUGUUUCUUGGAUAAAAUUUUACCAAGGAUCAAAAAAAAACCUAGAGUUUAAGUGGCAAGGUCUAUGCAUCACAGUGGAUUUCUUCUCAACUGACAAUGUUUAGGUUUUAAGCAAAUAAAGUACCAGUUAAUGUGAAACUCAAUCACAAAGACUUGAGAUUUUUCCUUUACAAAAAAACAGAAUUGGAAGUCUUUUGUGCCAUAAAUGUGCAUUCAGAUCCCAUGAACCAUGCUCUGUUUUUAUCUGGGGAUAGAACAUUCUCCUUUUCAUACACCUGUCUUCCCAUUUGUUUGUAGAAAGCUGGUUUGAAGGGCAUCCCUCCACUAGGACCCCACUGCACACCCCAUCCAGUGCCUACCAGCUGUGCUGUUCUUCACGUCCAGUGCUUGAUGAUGGGAGUGUGUUAAAUGCUGCUUCCUUCAAAUUCCAUUUGCUUUGUCUUGUUAACUUGUGCCCCUGCUCACUGCUCAUGUUGCUAAAAAGCAGGAAUUUAAGGAGCUCAAGAGCUAGAGACACCUUGUGUUCAGGAGGCCUGUGUGAAGUUGAUAACGGACUUUACAUGCCUUAUCAAAGCAGUCAGGAGACAUCUGAAGGUUCGAUCCUCCGCAUCCUGAUACCUUGAGCUAAUGAGAGCAAGGUUUAGGGGUUUUAAUGUGCUAAUAAAUUGGAAAAUUAGUGAAAUUUAACCUCUGCCUUUUUUUUUGAAGAUAUGCUUCAGUAUCUUGACAUGGUUUUCUUUCUGCCUUACAAGUUACAGCAUAUUUUUCUCUAAGACAACAUGGCUUUCUUGUUCCUAGGACAAAGGGUUAUUUAAGGAAUAUUUUUACUCAGAUUCUUUUUUUAAAAAACAUCCAGUGGCAGAGAAGUCAUUUCACUGUUGCACUGUGUGUGUGAAAGAAUGAAUUUGGAGAUUUUAGUACUUGGCCAAAAAUGCGAAACUUGAACAUUAAGUAGCAGGUGGGUGAUUAUCUUUCAUGAAGGUUAACUGUGAGGGUGUUAAAAGAUAAAUCUCUUUGUUUUAUGGGUUUGUGCAGGUAUCUAGUUUUAGCAAGAAGGUUUGUGUUCAUAGAGUAAAAGACCUAUCAGUGUUUCCACCAUGCACUUCUAUUUUUAGGGGUUUAUAAUAAGUCUUACAUUCCUAGUAACAUUUGGGCUUCUCUUAGAUUAUGUUUGGUGACGAUUGGGAGGAGGAGUCUUUUAAAACUUUGAAUAUUUUAUGUAACAGUCUCUUUAUUAGUCUGUGCUGAUGUCUCUGUGAUACAUGCACAUGCUUUAGAGGUAAUUGUGUCUUCUGGGUGACUUGUGUGCAUUUGGUUGGGCUUUUUGUUUGGGAUCCCUUUUUUAAAAAUUCAUGAGAUUGAAAAAAUGUAUUUAUAUUUCUAAUAGACUGGACAAAAGGCUCUGUGUCCCCAAGUGAGACAAGCUCUGAAUGACUUUUGUUUUCUCCACUUUCUAUUGAUUUAAAACACACUCUAGUCUUCCCCUCAAGUCAUGCACGCAUAGAGGACAGCUGUGGUGUCUCAACUGGAAACGGGUGCUCAGUCGUCAGGCUUGACAGUGAUGUCAGGACGGGUCAUAGCUGUGAGCUGAUAGUCAUUGGCCAUUGGCACCAUCCUUGACUAGCUCCCUUUUUCUCCAGUGUGCCUAUGGUGAAAUGGCAAUAGCGUUCACUGUCUGGAUUUGCAGUGCUCAGGAAAUGAGACGUAAACUUUGAAGGUGCUUGUUUGUGUUAUUGGAAUUCUCUGUGUUAGCUCUUAAUAGGUUUCCCUCUUGAACAUGGAUUUUGGCAGCUAUGCUGACUGACAGACACUACAUUCUAGUUCUUAAGAUUCUUUUCCAGACUUCCCUUCCCAGUGUGCCACAGCUAGAACCGGAUAGCUUACAUCUUAUUAAAAUCUGUACCUUGCGGCUGCUUUUAGCCCUCCCCGCCUCAGAUUGGAAUCAAUAUAGUGGGCCCAAAGGACAUGUUUAAAUUUCAGUAAUGGUGGAUGGUCCUGCUUUCUAAAACAUCUCGACCUUAAACAUCUUCACUCCCUAUUGAGUCUGAAAAAAAUUAAUCGGUGUGUCCUCCUUGAGGGAGGCAAUUGGGGGAAAUCUUUUAACCUGGAAGAUUAGUAGUUGAUUUCCCACAAAGGAGCUUUGAUACUGGUUGGUUUAUUUUUUCCGCCGCUAUAACUGGUUUGCCCCAGGUUCAGCCCUCAACUCAGUACUUAUUCUUGGUACUGGUUCAGAUAGCAUUUUCUCCCAGGUGGAAUUUGAGGUUAUAAUUCAGUGAAGUUUUUGACUCUUGUGGAUGUAUAUGGUCAGUGAGACUGAACUUGACGCCUUUUUUUUUAAUUGCCACGUCUCUUGUAUCCAUGAACAUUCAAAUAAGAGGUGGAUCUUAGAAUACUGGUUGCCGGGAGGGAAUGGCGCUUUAACUUAAUGGAGGUCAGGGGCUGCUUCAAAGGGCUGACAAGGCAAGAGCAGGAUAGAUGAUGAGGAGCAGUGCAAAGGUCAUGCGGCCGUCGUGGCUGUGUGAAGAGUGGGGGCGUCCGCGUACGGUGCCUGCGCCGGUGUCGCCAGUAGCCGCACUGAGAAGAAGGAGCUGUUGUUCCCUUAGUGGGGACAGGGAGAAACCGGGGCUCGGCCGAUGGCAUUCAGAUGGAUACUUACAACGGAGUGACAGACAUUGCCCGCCAAGGGACAGGGAAAAUACAACAAGCUGAUUGCCCUUGAGGUUAGAAAAUCAUCCUUUUCUCUGCGUGGAGCUGGGUUUAUUUGAAAAGAGAGUUUAUUGUUUGGAUAUUGGGACAUCAAGCUAUCCAUAGCGAAGUUUCUAUCUACAACCUAUUUUCCCUUUGGGGGAUAUUCUUAAUUCAGAAUGACUUUUUGAACCCCAAAUCCCUAAAUGACAAGCCUAAUUCACAAAAUUCACAGUGGUGCUGACUGUAUUAACCACUAUUGGGAAAAGUCCCGUAAGCCUGCCUGUUGCCAUGCCAAUGGAGUGAGUGAGCCGGGGACAUGUUUGAGCAUGCUUUGUGUGGCUGGGGGAGUGCCACCGUUGUGCAUACACUUUGUACGUCAGGGUGAAGGGGAGGGUUUUCUAGAUUAUGGGGUGGGUAAAACUGGGAUUUUUUUUUUGUUCCUUUUUCAGUGGGGUAUAGGGGUAGAGUAUUCACUCAGCUUAUGCCCUUAACAUGUAUAAACCCCAAAGUAUUGUGUGGGUGUGUGAGUGUGUGUACAUGUCUGGCAAUUAAACCUUUGUCUUCUGGAAAUUAGUGAAUUCUUUUCUUUUUUUCCUCCAGAAGUAUUUGUUACAAGAUUUGUAAAUAAGAGCUCUACUUAGUUUGUUUACCACAUGUUGCAGCAAACCUUAUAUGUGUAAUUCCUGCAAGAUUUAGGGAAAGAGUUUAAGACUUGCCAGGUUAAGCAGCAGUCACGUUCUCAGUAAUUGUUUGCCUCGAUUCAUCUUUCAGACUUCAUUUUGCCAGCCCUAAAACUCCCCCCACCUUCCUUGAUUUUAGUCCUUAACCUUUUAUGUUCGGAGCAGGAAGGGUUAGAGAGAGGAACCUGCUGAAAUGUAUGUAAUUAGUCCGUGAGCGGAGACCGGGGCAUCUCUUCCUUAAUACUGCAAUGCCGAGUCAUCAGACACCAGAGGGUUGGGCAUUCUUGCGAUACCUUAACAGUGCGCUGAAGUCUGCAGCGUGGUACUAAGGAAGUUAAAGUUUGAAUGUAACCACUUUAUUUAAAAGGUUUUUUUCUUAAUUUAAAUAAAAUGGGGUUGAAGUGAACAUGAUUUUGUUGACCAUGUUCGUGAAUUAUAGAUGCAACAUGCAUUGGUAGACUUGUGUGACGGUCUUUUGUGAUACUUAAUUUUUACAUAUCCCAGUCUCUGUAUGUAUCUGCAUAGACAAAUUAAAAACAAACUCCUGCUUUCUUUCACUAAAGGGUUUCCGGGACUGCGUGUCUGCUCCUGAGCUCUGUUUUAAGUAUGUGUAUCAUUUGCUUGUAUUUUGUAUUAAAAAAUAAGAAAAAGAACCCUUUAUUGUUGAGCAUGUUGGCAUUGUCCCCUUUACUUUUUUUUUUUUCUUUUUGGGACAUAUGAAGCAAGUUAUUCUUUUUCUGUAUCUUUUUUUCUUUUGUAAACUUUUUUUUGUUUUGUUUUGUUUAAAAAUGGCUUUAUAAAAGGGCUUUUAUAACCCA